GCCAUGUUGACUGUGGGCAGCCAGGGGACGCUGCGCCUGCGCGAUGGUUCCCCUUUGCCUACUGUAGCGUCGGAGUUCCUGAGUCCCGGGGCUGGUGGUGGUCGGCGGUGGCAGAGAUGACCCAAGCCGAGAAGGGGGACGCGGAGAACGGGAAGGAGAAAGGCGGGGAGAAGGAGAAGGAGCAGCGCGGCGUGAAACGGCCCAUUGUGCCCGCGUUGGUCCCCGAGUCGCUGCAGGAGCAAAUCCAGAGCAACUUCAUUGUUGUCAUACACCCAGGUUCAACUACGUUACGGAUCGGCCGGGCCACAGACACACUGCCGGCCUGCGUUCCUCACGUCAUCGCGCGGAGACACAAGCAGCAAGGGCAGCCCCUGUAUAGGGACGACUGGCUCCUGAGGGAGGGACUAAACAAACCUGAAAGCAAUGAACAAAGACAAAAUGGCCUUAAAAUGGUGGACCAGGCAAUAUGGUCUAAAAAGAUGUCAAACGGUACAAGACGGAUCCCUGUGUCACCAGAACAGACACGCUCCUACAACAAGCAGAUGCGACCUGCCAUUCUAGAUCACUGUUCUGGAAACAAAUGGACAAACACAUCUCAGCAGCCUGAGUAUUUGGUAGGAGAAGAGGCCUUGUAUGUUAACCCACUGGACUGUUAUAAUAUUCACUGGCCUAUCAGAAGGGGUCAGCUGAAUAUCCACCCAGGCCCUGGAGGCUCCCUGACUGCUGUGCUGGCAGAUAUUGAAGUGAUAUGGUCUCAUGCAAUACAAAAGUAUUUGGAAAUCCCACUGAAAGAUUUAAAGUAUUAUAGGUGCAUCUUGUUAAUCCCGGACAUCUAUAACAAACAGCAUGUGAAAGAGCUGGUUCAUAUGAUACUGAUGAAGAUGGGCUUUGCAGGGAUUGUGGUCCAUCAGGAGUCUGUGUGCGCCACAUUUGGGAGCGGCUUGAGCAGCACCUGUGUCGUAGACGUUGGGGACCAGAAAACAAGUGUGUGCUGCGUGGAGGAUGGCGUGUCUCAUCGGAACACACGGCUUUGCCUGGCCUAUGGGGGCUCCGACGUGUCGAGGUGUUUUUACUGGCUCAUGCAGCGAGCGGGGUUCCCUUACAGAGAGUGCCAGUUAACAAAUAAAAUGGACUGCCUCCUCUUGCAGCACCUUAAAGAAACCUUCUGUCAUUUAGAUCAGGACAUCUCCGGGCUUCAGGACCACGAGUUCCAGAUUCGGCACCCAGACUCCCCUGCCCUGCUCUACCAGUUUCGAUUGGGAGAUGAGAAGCUCCAGGCUCCAAUGGCGCUGUUUUACCCGGCAACCUUUGGGAUUGUUGGACAGAAAAUGACAACUUUGCAGCACAGGUCCCAGGGGGAUCCUGAGGAUCCACAUGACGAGCAUUACCUGCUGGCCACACAGAGCAAGCAAGAGCAGUCUGCCAAAGCCACGGCUGACCGCAAGUCUGCAUCCAAACCCAUUGGAUUCGAAGGGGAUCUCCGUGGCCAGUCCUCUGAUCUUCCAGAAAGACUCCAUUCCCAGGAGGUGGACUUGACUUCUUCACAGGGAGACUGUUUGAUGGCCGGCAAUGAGUCCGAAGAAGCCCUCACUGCACUGAUGUCCAGGAAAACUGCCAUCUCACUGUUCGAGGGGAAAGCCUUAGGCCUUGAUAAGGCCAUCCUGCACAGCGUAGACUGUUGCGCAUCCGACGAUACCAAAAAGAAGAUGUAUAGCUCUAUCCUGGUUGUGGGAGGUGGUUUGAUGUUCCACAAAGCUCAAGAGUUUCUCCAGCACAGAAUUCUCAACAAAAUGCCACCUUCAUUCAGGCGAAUUAUUGAAAAUGUGGAUGUGAUCACAAGGCCCAAGGACAUGGAUCCCCGGCUGAUUGCGUGGAAGGGAGGUGCAGUCCUGGCGUGUUUGGACACCACUCAGGAACUGUGGAUCUACCAGCGGGAAUGGCAGCGCUUUGGUGUCCGAAUGUUACGGGAACGAGCUGCGUUUGUGUGGUGAAAACCACAACUCAGUCUCUGGAUAUAAAGACUUAAAGAGUUCAGGCCCACCCUGUGCCUGAUGGGAAACCUUGCUGUCCAGCCCUCCAUCCUGAUGAAACUGUCUCAUGCAGCCACAAGAGGUGCUGUGUGACCGCUGGGACCAGCUGUGGCUCCAUUUCCCCAUUUUCCUAGCAGUUGUUAGAAGCUAAAGUGUCGGUCUGGGUUCUGUGCACAUCACACAAGAUCCUCUUGGAAUUAAGCCCUGUCUUUGUAACAUGCACACACACACACACACACAUACACACACACACAUGCACACAUACACACGCACGCAUGCAUGCACAUGGCAGGAGCAGGUCAGGGAGCACUGCUGGGCACUAUUGCACAAGGAAGGCAGGGUAGGGGGAGCAGAAUUGUUUAGCUGGCUGUUAGGCAUCUGCUCCUGCCAUGUCUGUCCCCAGACUUGUCGUGGGGAGGACUGGGAGACUUGUGACAGUGGGAUGAGCCCUGGAGACAAGUAUGGACUGUAGUGUCUCAGGUGCACUGAACGGCUGUCACCGAAAGAGUAACCAGUUUACGAGCAAGAGGGGCCGCCGACGGAACAGUCUAACCUGGAAUGCUAUUGGGAUAUGUACUUUCACAUUUGAAAAUGGCCUGUUUUAUGUUUUGGAUCAAAUUUAUAGAAUAUGAUUUUAUGUUUCUGGGCUGUUUGAACAGUUUACACUCAUCCCUGUGCUUUCCAAAGCAUAACACACCUGUUAGAAUCAUUCUGCACCAGUGUCUCUUACAGUGGUAGGUGUUGAUUUGGAGGAAGUUGGUUUGUGGUUCAAGUUUUGACACAAACCAUAUUGCCUUCUGUUAUCAGCACUUGUACAAGCUUCUGGCAACCACGCCAACACUGCCUCCACCAUUAUACAGUGGGUGUGGUGCUCGGGUGCCACACCUGCACUGCCUCCACCUUAUCAGAGUAUCUGCUCUAGAAGCCGGCUGCAGGGAGUUUGUGCUUCAUGCAUCUUUGGGUUUUUAUUUUAUUCGUAAGACGUGUUAGAGCGAAUGAGUGCCUUUUCACUGGCUCUUUGCACACUGUCUGUAUUGCUGUGGAUUGAAACCAGGACCUUGUACAUGAUACACAAACACUCUAUCACUAAGCCACAACUCAAAACGUGACUUUUUGUUGAGACAGUCUUACCCUGGAACUCACAGCUCCGCCUGCGUCCUUCUAGGGCUUUCUAACUCAAAAUGCAUGUCCCAGGGACUAGAGGGACAGCUCUGUGAUUAAGGCCACUUCUACUC